AUGCCAACCCAAGGAUAUUCAUCUACCGAUGCAAUGCCUUUCGAGGACUCGAGCCUUUUCUCCACCCUGCCCACUGAAUUGAAAUGCCGAGUUGUUGAUUUACUUGCCGCGAAAGAUGUCAUUAAUCUCCGUCUUACAUCAAGAGCUUGGAGUGGUGUAUCCGUCACCGGUCUUUUUAAUAUUCGUACUGGAAAUCAUAUCGAACAUGGUGUAUUUUCCAUUCGACCACAUCUUGACGAUAUGACUCGAUUACGAUCUGUUGCUGGCUCGCCGUGGCUAGCGAGGGUUAUCAAACAUGUCAAAAUAUAUGUUGGAGAUUUGGAUAUGUUGGAAUUUGAUCAUGAAGUUCAAACUGUCAAUAGAUAUACCAAAAUUGAGAGUAUGUUAACUUGUGAAAGGAAGGUUAAUACCUUGUUGGGACAAAUUGUCCAGGACAGGAUGAAACAUUGUGAUCCGGUCAUGCUGUCUCAUUCUCUUUCGAAACUACCCUCGAUUAAAUCCGUUACAGCCACCGCGAACGAAUGUCCAUUUUCGCCUUCGGAGAUCAAUUUUACAUUAGCAUGGAUGCGACUCAUGCGAAGAUGGAAUCGUGAGCCGGAUGCACUCUACGACUCUUACGAUACUACAUUUCCUACAAGAUCCAGUAUCAGACAUCUUAGUAUAUUACUCGCAACACGACUACUUCAGAAUCCUGUUCGAAAUUUGGUAUUGGAUACUUUUCCAAUCGAUCUUUUUGCUAGUCAAGGUUUCCAUGAUGACGACGAUCAAACUGGACCAUCAUAUGAAAUUCACACUAGCUUCCUCCAUGAUAUGCAGGAUAUGACAUCAAAAGUCGAGAAUCUCAGAAUUGGUAUCAAUCCUGUUAGCAAUAGCGCAACAACUCACGAGUACAGCAGAGUAAUCGCUAAAUCUAUGAGUAUGUUCAUGGGAUCCAUGCAAUCCCUUCGAUCAUUAGAUAUUACAUUGAACAUGUCCUCUCGAUUUCCGAGCGACUCAAUGGAAUUAACAAACCAGGAUGGUUUCUAUUCUAACACAUUCCCCCAUCUUGAACACCUUCGUGUCUCCAAGGUAAGAUCUUUUGAUACGCCAUUCUACUCAUUCAUUUUUCGUCACAAAGCGACCUUGAAAUCUUUAUCUCUAGGAUAUGAUUUCUUUCUCGUUCCUCAAGAUAGACCUAGAGGAUGCGUAUCUGUCAAAUCUAUUCUUUAUAAACUGCGCGAUGGUUUAAAAUUGCAGAGAUUUCAAUUAUUAAUCAGGGCCAGUGAUCAACGCAUAUAUGACCAGGAAUGGCAGGUCAUAGAGUCUUCCAGUAAUAAAUUAUCGGAUGCAAAAUUAUUCGAAAUGUUCGUGUUGGGGAAAUGGUCAUGGCCGAUGAUAAAUGUAGAUUAUCCGCAUUGGAGAAGAUUGGAUGAGUGGAAAGGAUGGGUUAGAAGAUAUGGAUGGGAUAAGCUGACGUCGAAGUCGAAGAGGGAUAUUAGAGAGUUGGAUUGGCAGGAUGGAAAUGUAUCGUAA